AUGAUCCUGCAAAGGAAGAAGUCACAAUGGAGGCCUGGACUGCUCCUGUGCUGCUUCCUGCUCUGGAUGUCUCUGCAGCCACUCUCUCCCCACCUGGCAUCAGCCGUCAACCUGCGGCGCUUCAUUGGCUGCGCCGUGCGGGAGUUCACCUUUCUGGCCAGGAAGCCUGGCUGCGGGGGGCUGCACAUCACCACGGACGCCUGCUGGGGGCGCUGUGAGACCUGGGAGAAGCCCGUCCUCGACCCUCCCUUCAUUGAGUCCUACCAGCGUGUUUGCACCUACAAUGAGACCCGUCUGGUGACUGUGAAACUGCCCAACUGCCUGCCAAACGUCGAUGCCAUGUACACCUACCCUGUGGCCCUGAGAUGUGACUGCGGCGUCUGUCUGACCAGCACCACUGAAUGUAUAACAUCUGUCUAA